ACAAAAGAGAAAAAAAGAGAUCCGGAGAGAGGAGACAAUGAGACUAGAGAAAGCAGAGUACUCUGGUCUCCCCUUUUUAUCUCCGAGAACCACGAGAUUCCGCUAAUUUCUCCUUUUUUUCGUUUGAUCCUUCUGCUGCAAUGCCUUAUUUUGAAUGAGAUUAGUUUGUUUGACCUGAUUCCGCCUAUUUUCGGCCAAAUUUUUUUUGGGGGUGAAUUUGGUUCAGUGGAGUAGCGGGGGAGUGAACGAUGCUGGCAGCUAUCGAUGGCAGGAUGAGUGGUGGAUUCCAGCAGAGCUGCGGGGAGAGCAGCGAGGAGGAGCUUUCGGUGCUCCCUCGCCACACCAAGGUUGUGGUCACGGGCAACAACAGGACCAAAUCGGUGCUCGUCGGUCUCCAGGGGGUCGUCAAGAAGGCCGUCGGCCUCGGCGGGUGGCAUUGGCUGGUUUUGACAAAUGGAAUAGAGGUGAAGCUGCAAAGAAAUGCACUUAGCGUAAUUGAAGCCCCAAGUGGCCAUGAGGAAGAUGAUGAGAUCGAGUGUGAGAACAUUCAGUGGAACAGUUCAAAUAUGGCAUUUGAUGAUACCCAGUCACAAAAGCCACAAAACUCAAAAACCAGGCACUAUAAAGGAUCUUUAAGUAAAUCCUUAACCUGGUCGCACUCUUCUGAUUCAAAGUCAAAGGGGUCUAUUUCAUCCUCAAGGGGCACCAUGAAAGUUGAUCUGAGCAAAUUAGAAACAACGGCACUGUGGAGAUAUUGGCGGCACUUUAAUCUUGUGAAUGCCAGUCCAAACCCUUCUAAGGAGCAGCUAAUCGAGGUAGUUGAGAGGCAUUUCAUGUCACAGCAAUUGGAUGAGUUGCAGGUAAUCUUAGGUUUUGUGCAGGCUGCAAAGAGACUGAAGACCGUCUGCAAAUGAUUGAAAUCAAUAGUUUGGUGCCAGAACUUUCAAUGUAUGUAGCUACAAUGGGUAACAUGUGAACUUUGUGUUUGAUUGUUGGAACUUGGUAUUACUAGGUUCCAGACUACUUAUUCUGUUAGUCCUAUGAUGUACAUAUGUUCCAAUGGCAAAGACAAAGCACCAUUAGGGCUUUCA